UUCUGAAGCUCCGAUAGGGAGGCUGCACCUUUCCCGCAGCCAUGGUGCUGGAGCUGGAGCGCGCGCUGCAGCUGCAAGACGAGCUCAUCCAGGCGUAUCAAGGAGCCCAGGAGCAGCUCCGGCUCUAUGCGCAGCAGAUCAAGGACCGGGCGGACCCGGUGGCGGCGCUGAAGGCUGCGGAGGCGCGGGAGAAGCUGCUGCUGGAUCUGCAGAAGCCCGUGGUGGCCAGGUAUGGUUUCGAGGAGUCCGCGCAGGGCGUGAAGGAGGCGAUGUUUGAGUAUGCGCGGAUGUCCGGCAACAACUUGGUGAUCAAACGAAACAACCACAUGGAGAGACUGAUAGCGGCCGGUGAGGACAUCGACUACUAUAACGGGGUGAGUGCGCAGCAGUCGCUGCGGAACUUCGGGACCCGGAGACCGGUUCCGCAGAGCCAGUUCCCGCUGGUGGCGUGGGAGGAGUUCCAGAAGUCCGUGGAGGGUCGCCUGCUGCCGGUGCCCCGGCACGACAUGCUCUCCGCCCAGCGGACGGAGGAGCUGGUUGGUGCCUGCAAGCGGGGCGACCUGGCCAGGGCCAAGGCCUUGCUCGACCAGGGCUCCUGCCUGGCGCUGAACGUGGGCUUUCAGGGCCUGGGCAUGGCGGUGAAGGUGCUGGCGCAGGCCCUGGGCGGCCCGCAGACCUUGGAGCUGGACAUCAGCGGCAACUGCCUGGGCCCAGAGGGCGCCAAGGCUCUGGCUGCUGGGGUGCCCCAAGCCCUCAAGGUGCUGAGGCUGAACGUGGCACGGAAUCGCUUAACGCUGGAGGGAGUCAGAUCCAUCGCAGCGUCAUUGCCGAGUGGCCUCGAGGAGCUGGCGCUGGGCUUCGCCGGCAUGAAGACAGGGCCCGCCGGCGCGGCAGCGCUCGCGGAGAAGCUGCCGCAGGUGACGAAGCUGUCGCUGGACUUGGCCGGGAACCAAAUGGGGGACGACGGCCUCGAGUGCAUCUCCAAGGCUCUGCCGAAGUCUCUGGAGCUGCUGCACGUGGUCCUCUUGGGGAACAACCUCAGCAGAAGGGGCUUCUUCAUGAUCGACCGCCAGAUCGGCGACCCCCUGCAUGAACACCACCUGCCGAAACUGCAGCCGGAGAACUUUGUCAAAGUUGGGGAGGUGGAAGUGACAGAGUUCAAAGAGCAGGCGGAUGGUGCCAUGAUUCGCCAGGUGGAGUGGCAAAAAGCCAUUUGACAAAAGCAUGCGCGUUGCUUGCCGCGCGCCCCCGUCCGAGUCGUUUUGUACAGGACCUUUCCCUGUUGCCCCAUAGCCCCCUAGUUCUGCUUCGUUGGC